AUGCACGGCCACGCUCCUUGCUGCUCCACGAUCAAGUACGCUGUGAUGAAUACCGAAGAUGUUGGUUGGACGAACGACACAUUGCAGCACAAAUACUGUGACUAUGCUCUCUCCACAAUCGUUGUCACACAUUCCAUGGGUGGACUCGUCAUGGCUCACGCUCUGGCUACGGGGAAGUGUCGGUUCAGUGACACGACCUCGUGGGUGUCACUAAGUCCCCCGAUGGCUGGCAGUAUGGCUGUGGACUAUCUCAUGGGUGCAUGUCAUAAUGAAAAAAGCGAUAUUACAGAGUGGCUCUUCGACUUGGUCGGCCAGUGUCCCUCAACCACGGCGCGCAAAUCAACUAUUUACGAGGGUGGAGAGUUCAGCUCCCCGUCUAUUGAUGCCGCUUAUGCGGCUGCGCAAAAAGCGUAUCGCGAAAAUGUAGCAGCCGCCAUGUGCAGUGACAGCUAUGUCGGACUCUUCUCGACGUAUCAAGCCACGUGUAUCCUUGCGGGAACGAUGAUCCCUCACAAGUCCAAGAAGAACGACGGUCUCGUUGAAUUCGAUAGCUGUCUGGGUGGCCUUGAUGAGAACCUCUUCGGUAAUCACUACUUGGAUACAUUCUACAGACCGAAACUAAACCACGCUGAUACGGCAUUUCUAAAUGGUGAUGGCAUUCUCAAGAAUUCACAGAAACCAAGGAAGUGGUUUGAGUGUCUGCAGUUGUAG